CUGACUUGACGUCAGGGCCGGCACUGCAUCCCCUCCACGCACACUCAAAGACCCUCCACAUAUCUGUCAUUCCUGCUUGGGACAGCAGCUAAGGCAGCAAGCAAUAAGAUGUCUGGAGGAAUCUUCUGCCCUUUGGAGAACCUAUAUGACCCAGACAGUGCCAACUGCCACCCCUUGGUAUGCCACUUGUGCCAUGAGCAGUACGAACACCCCUGUCUACUGGAUUGUUACCACACAUUCUGCGCCAGUUGUCUGCGUGGCAGGGCUGUGGAAGGCAGACUCUCCUGCCCCCUCUGUGGACAACAGUCCAUUGUCAAAGGCCUAAGUGCCUUACCCCAGGAGGACCGCCUGCUCAAAUUCCUGGUGGAUAACUCUACUGACUGUGAGGAGACUGUGCAGUGUUCAAACUGUGAUCUGGAGUGCAAGAAGCAGGAUGUGGAAGCAAUGCACUAUUGCAACACUUGUAGCCAGCCGUUGUGUGGAGCUUGCAGGGAAUCAACCCACAAGGCCAAAAUGUUUGCCCGCCAUGAUAUUGUCUCCCUUGCCAAACGCACAAAGGAGGUCCACAAAAAGUGUGCCCUCCAUGACGAGCUAUACAUAAUGUUCUCCACAGAGAAGAAGUCCAUGCUGUGUAUCAACUGUUUCAGAGACAUGCAAGUGGAGAGCAGAGCACACUGCAUUGAUAUUGAGACAGCAUAUAUGCAAGGCUGUGAAAGGCUGGACCAAGCUGUCAUCGCGGUAAAAGAGCUUCAGACGUCUGCCAGGGAAGCCAUCAUCCUGCUGAAGGCGAUGAUCAGGGAGGUUCGAGAGAACGUGGAUGAGGAGGAGAGCGCUAUCAGCACACUGUUCAACAACAUGCAGGAAAAACUGGCAGAAAGAAAAAAGAUUCUCCUGAAAGCAGCUCAAAGUCAGCAUGAGGAGAAAGAGAGAGCCUUCAAAGAACAGCUGUCUCAUCUGGCCGCACUCUUACCCACUCUCCAGGUUCAUCUGGUCACUUGCUCAGCCUUUCUAAGUUCAGCCAACAAGUUUGAGUUUCUUGACAUGGGAUAUCAACUGAUGGAGAGACUGAAGAAGAUUGUCAAACUUCCACACAGACUGAGACCAGCUCAGAGUAGCAAGAUCAACACAGAGUAUCGGUCCGAGUUUGCUCGUUGCCUUGAGUCUCUGUUACUGCUGGGCCAAAGACGCUCUGUGUCCAUUGCUGGGAGUGUGACUGGAUUGAGUUUGGGCAAUGCCAGCGGACUCCUACAGUCGUCCCUGUCCAUGCCCUGCCACUCCCCAGCCAUCAGUGACAUGUCCCUGGGCUCGUCCGUGGUGCGGAAGCCCACCCCCCACCGCUAUUUCAGCACCAAGGUCCUCCUGGCUGAGGGGGGAGAGACCCCCUUCACCGAGCACUGUCGCAACUAUGAGACCAGCUACAGGACGCUGCAGAUGUCCAUUCAGCAGCUGAAGGACCAGGUGCAGGAGACCCACAGGGAUCUGACCAAGCACCACUCCCUCAUCAAGACAGACACCAUGGGAGACAUCCUGGAUACCUCCGUGCAGAUGGACAGACAGAUCUCCUCUGAGUACUCUGCAGUAGAACUCAUGAGGGCCAUGUUUGAGGAGGUCUGGGAGACAACCUUUCAGAGGGUUGCAAAUGAACAGGAAAUCUAUGAAGCCCAGCUUCAUGAUCUGACCCAGCUAAGGCAAGAGAACAGUUAUCUGACCACCAUCGCCAGGCAAAUUGGCCCGUAUAUCCGAUCUAUCGCCAAGGUGAAGGAACGCCUUGAACCCAGACUGAAAGAGCCUAAGGAGCUGAAAGACGACCGUACAGAGGCCAUGCUGAAGAUCUAUGAGGACACCACUGCGGCCAAAGAUACUAAACUAACCAUUUCAACAACACUGACAAAUGACCUGACCUGUCAGCCUACCACAGAUGACAACCACACUCUCAGCAACCUCUCUGAUGAGGCUGCCCUCAAUAAUAAUUUCUACUGGCCAGGGAAGCAGAAGACCACAGAGAUAGCCAUUUGGAAGGAGUUGUCUCCCUAAACAAUUGGAUAGGGGCAUGGGACUUCACCAACAAAGUGCUCACCCUUGACUUACUGGAUGUAAAUUAUAUUGAAUAUAAAAUCCAAUAUUUCCACAUUGUGUGUAACAAGGUGUAAUGUAUGCUAUGGUAACACCGUCACUGUGUUCAGGUUGGCUUCUUGUAGUAAUUUAAGCAUGCAUCCAUUAUCCAUAUUAGGACUACAUUGGCAACAACAUGAAAGACAACCUAAUGAGGAAGACAAUUUUCUUAGGAUAAACUUUUGAUUUUAUUUGACAGGACAAUGGUGUUCAUUCAAUUCAGAAAAUGUCAGUAAAGUGAAAAAAAAGUUAUCAACCAAGAGUUAGAUAAGUACACCCUCUGCAUGAUACAUUUUUUAUUUACCUGUAAUAAACUGUAGUAUUGUUAUACUGUAGUGCAACACAACUGGAUUUUUCCACCUUCAGCUCAGCUGUAUCAUGCUUUGAGCAGCAAACUAUCAUAUGUCUGCAGCCAACUGAAUGUGCUCUUAUAUUUAUUAAAACAGAAUCUCAUCUGUAUUCAUGUAACACAUGACUUUUACAGUGCUCUAGACUGUCCUAAUUUCAGAAACUAACUCACACACACUCAUCUUGCACAACAGUUAAGUGCUUUUGACUGUUCUAAUUUCGCAAAUUCUCUUUCACUCACAGACAUACUCCUCUUGCACUCCAUACAGUCUGGGCAUACAGAGUGGAGGGCAGAGGCGACCUUUCACCUGAGACAAGCUGCGGUAGUUCAGAAGGAAGCCAUGUUGGGUGUAGCUCUCUGAACCCCUUAGCCAUAGGAAUGCAUCUUUUGGUUGGUUUUAAUACACAGUGAGCAUGAGGAGACAAGCACACAGAACAAAUAAAUAGAUGGAGUGAUGAUCAAGUGGGGGUAGAGAGAGACUGUGUGAGAGCGAAUGCAUUUUAAAGAUGACUAUUAGUGAGUGCCCCCAUUACUAAAAACCCUAUGGAAGAACACCCCUGAUUCAUAGUCUAUACCCAGGGGACAUUCAGACUUACAGCAGACUGGAAUAGAACAGUGAACGGAUUGUCAGUGUUCCUUAUGUUUUAAAUGACUUACAAAGUAGAUGUUUCUGACUUAUUACGCCGAACCGUUUGGAGAAAUCCGUGAACCAGGCUACGACUUGCUCAGGUUGUCAAAUUUGCAAAAGAUUUCUGAUAGUACAGCUUUUUGAUCCUGAGUGGACAUGGGAUAUGUGAAUUUAAAAUCAGGGGUUGGAACCAAAGUUUUCUAAAAAAAAAUAAUAAUUUCCCCCAUUCCAUUCCACAGUUCCGAUCAGCAAAAUACAUCUCUGAACCGGUCUUAAACCUGUGACAUUUUUUAAUAUAUUUUUUUUACAUUUAGCUCAUUAGAAUGACUUCAGCAAUCAGUGCAGAUAGAGCAGGCAAGCUAGUUGUUUACAUGCGUGAUGGACAGACCAGUGUAGCCUAUGGCGCAAGAUGCUACUUAAAAUUUACAGGUGGGGGGAGAGCGAGCGGGUUGAGCAGGCUUGAAGCGCUGGCCCUCUUUAAGACAUGCAUUAUCUGAAUUAGGUUCACAGAAUUUUCCCUAGGAGAGACUUUGAGCUAGCUAGCUCACACGCUUGUGUGAAGAGCAGCACCAGAAUUAAACACACAGCUUACCUUUUUGUAGUUAACAAAUCCAAUCUAAAACUCAACUAGGCCUAUAGUAUCUUUAACUAGCAUUGAAAAAGUUAAUCCACUUCUCUAAUUAAAAAGAUCUCUCCCUAUCUUCUCAUGCUUCUAAGUUCAGUACAGUAGCCUAUGCUUCAGGUGGGGGAGGGGCAGGUAACCUAAACAUGCACAGGCAAAGAUUUUUAGUUUGCAGGCAGACGCUGGAAUAAGUUUCAGUGAUAGAGAGGGCUCUGCACAUGCGCUUUGUUUCGUUUCUUUUGUGGGAUGAAAAAAAAAAAAAAAAAAAUGGC